AUGUUGCCCCAAUUAACAUUUGUUCUUUGGUUUUUUAUAUGUUCGUUUACGAGGGCUAAUAAGGAGAGGAUUAGCUCCAGUCGUAAGAAUAUCUGCAGCGGGAUGUACGACAAAACGGAUUGGGGAGGGAAGGUCGAUCCUUUCAUUUCAUUCAAUCUCACAAGCCUUAGUGGGGAUAACAAUGGGGUUAGUGUUGUUAUUUUUGAGUAUCAGGAUCUAGAUCAUGUGGGGAUAAAAAUAGAUGGUGAUACGAAGUACAUUUGUAAUGAUGAUGCGAUUAAUCAAGGGCUAUGCAAUACAACGUCUAAAGGGAAUUUCUUGUUGACCAAUUCAGUCUUUAAUUCAGAAACUGGACAAAAUGAGACAGCUAAGUAUCCGAUUUUGACCUAUAUGGUGACUGAUGUUGGCGAAGUCGAACAAAAGUAUAAUGUUAAGAAAACUGGGUACUAUUGUGUGUUGACUGAAGCUAUAAAUGGUGAUUAUAAUGGUAUAGUGAAUUACAGAAAUGCUUUCGGUGAGUUACCGGCGUCAGAGAUAAACAAGAUGCCAUUAUAUGGGUUGCUUGCUGUUGCCUAUGCGGUUGGUAUGGCGCUGUAUUCUUUUGCAGUCUGGAAGCACAAACAUGAGUUGUUGCUACUACAAAAGUAUUUGCUGGCGUUUUUCGUAUUUUUGACCAUAGAUACAAUAUUUAUUUGGUCGUUUUAUGAUCUCAGGAAUAGGAAGGGUUCAACUUUGGGAACGAAUGUGUUCAUGUUGUUUGUAUCUGUUUUGAGUGCUGGUAAAGUUUCAUGUUCUUGCUUCUUUUUACUUGUGAUUACGUUAGGCUAUGGUAUCGUGUAUCCAAAGUUGAACCGUAAGCUAAUGAGACGUAUUCAAGCUUUCACCCUUUUCAACUUUUUUGUAUCCGCUGGAUUUUUGAUUCAAGACUAUAUGACGAGUUCUGAUGCUGUCACGAUGCUUCCUCUUAUUACGUUGAUACCAUCGGCUUUUUCUUUGGUGGCCUUUUAUUGUAUGAUCAUUAAAUCUUUGGGUAACACUACACAAUACUUAAAGGAGCAACGGCAAAUGGUGAAACUAAACGUCUAUCGAGAACUUCUCGCUGUUAUUUUACUUUCUAUGUUUGGUGUAGCCGGGGGGAUGAGCGUCACUACACUUAUGGUGGUUGGCAUGAGCACUGUAGAGCUGGUGAAAAAAUAUUGGAGGAUCAGGUUUAUUAUGGACUUUUGGCCUUCUUUGAUAUACUACUGUGUCUUUGUAACGUUGGCCUUUAUGUUGAGGCCAACAGACACUUCGUACAUGUUGGCUUGCUCUCAGCAAUUACCAACAGACCCUGAAAACGUUACAGAUUUUGAUCUAGAUGAUUUGCAAUCUUUAGGAGAUGACGGUUUCAGUUCUACUGCGCAUGAUGACGAUCUAAACUUCUCGGAUGAUGAACAUAUUCCAAGAAAUCAUAAUGAGCGCAACACCUCUAAGUGA